GGCGAAACAAAUCGUAUGUAUCGGCUGAAUCGGUCGUAAUCUAACCGCCUCAGGCUUCCCCGUUCAAAAUCUGUAGUCGAGGCGUCGUCACGGUGAAGUUUAGGAGCUUUAAGCACCCCUGCCAAUACGUCUCUCCCCGUCAGAGUGAUGACAAAAAGUCUUCGCACACGAUUCCGAACCAACAGUGUGCUGAAGUCAGGCCCUUCUGCUGCUAGCUUGUAAAAAAAAAAAAAAAAAAAGUGCUUAGCUGGGAUGACUAACUUGAUUGAUCUCCUCGGGACUAAUGGCCUCCCUUAAUUGAAUCGUCAUUAGCGGCUGAUUGUUUGGGUUAACGCAGCAGAAGGAAGAGCUUGGUCAAGUCGUGUCCAAGCACAAAAAAAAAAAAAAAAAAAAAAAGUGUAGCUUUAAUGACAUUUUUUUUUCCUGGGUGCAGGAAAAAUGCAACAAAGAAAUGCCACUGGUGGAAAAACCUCUGACUGACGCGGCUGAUUUGACCGAGCGGCCCCCCACGUGUCACUAGUGCUUCACGGUUGCCUCAAACGGGUCAAAGAGAAACGAGACCCCGAAAGAGCAGACGCUCGUGCUGCUCUUCCCCGACGCGCGGGUCAUAUUUGUCACCGCCGAGGAGUUGCAUCGGAUGCGUACGGUCACGCAAACUGCUGACGGCACAGGAUCAGAAAUUCCACUUUGUCUGAGAUGCUCCUGGCAGCCGGCUCUCUUCUGUGUCAUCCAUUUCACCUGAUCUGCAUUUAGAGUGCCAAAGCUCCACUCUGGACUUGGCACUCCGACUGGAAGUCGGUGUAAACCCCAAAACCUCGGCAAACGGACAUUACGAUGCUCAGCAGUUCAAAUGCUUCAGGGCUCAGCUGAUUCAUACACUAGCAGACCAUCAGACUCAGAUGUCUCUCUGGAGGAGGAGCGGGAGGUGCAGGCCCAGGUCCAGAGCCAGAGCCCAAGCCAGAGCCAGGGACCGGGUCAGAGCCGGCAGGAGAGGGAGCAGCAGGCUGCCGUUCAACUGGAGAGAGCCAAGACCAAACCGGUCGCGUUUGCCGUGAGGACCAACGUCAGCUACUGCGGCGCGUUGGAUGAGGAUGUCCCAGUACCAGCCACGGCCAUCUCCUUUGACGCCAAGGACUUCCUCCACAUAAAAGAGAAGUUCAACAAUGACUGGUGGAUUGGUCGGUUAGUGAAGGAGGGCUGUGAGAUCGGCUUCAUCCCCAGCCCUCUGAAGCUCGAAAACAUUCGGCUCCAGCAGGAGCAAAAGAGAGGACGAGUCCAAGGUAAGUCUGGAGGGAACUCCUCUUCCAGUGUAGAGGAUGAGGUAUCUGCCUCUAUCCGACCGCUCAUAUCCUCAGCAGGAAAGCAGAAACAGAAAGUGACGGAGCAUAUCCCCCCAUACGAUGUGGUUCCCUCCAUGAGGCCCGUGGUGCUGGUGGGUCCCUCGCUCAAGGGUUACGAGGUAACGGACAUGAUGCAGAAAGCACUAUUUGACUUCCUCAAGCACAGAUUUGAUGGCAGGAUAUCUAUAACGCGGGUCACAGCAGAUAUAUCACUGGCCAAAAGAUCUGUCCUCAACAACCCCAGCAAGAGGGCCAUAAUCGAAAGAUCCAACACUCGCUCCAGUUUAGCCGAGGUGCAGAGUGAGAUCGAGAGGAUCUUCGAGUUGGCCCGCUCCCUGCAGCUGGUGGUGCUGGACGCCGACACCAUCAACCACCCGGCCCAGCUCCUCAAGACCUCCCUGGCUCCCAUCAUCGUCCACGUCAAGGUCUCCUCGCCAAAGGUUCUGCAGAGGCUAGUCAAGUCCAGGGGGAAGUCUCAGAGUAAACACCUGAAUGUCCAGCUGGUGGCAGCAGAUAAACUGGCCCAGUGUCCACCGGAAAUGUUUGACAUCAUCCUGGAUGAGAACCAGCUGGAGGACGCCUGUGAGCAUCUCGCUGAAUACCUCGAGGCCUACUGGAAAGCAACCCAUACCUCGAUGGCGACGCCCCUAAACCCCCUGCUGGGACGCAACCUCGGCCCAACCACCCUCACCCCGUACCCCACCAGCAUCUCUGGACUCCAGCAGAGCCAAAGAAUGCGACAGAGCAACCACACGGGGGACCACUCCACCCCCAACGAGCGGCGCAACCUGAUGACAUCGGACGAAAAUUACCACAACGAGCGGGCGCACAAGGGACGGAACCGCAUGUCUUCUGGCUCGCAGCAUAGCCGAGAGCAGCAGGACCCCUACCAGGACUACCAGGACCCCUAUCAGGAUGCAUACAAGCCACAUCGCAAUCGCAGUUCACCGGGCAGCUAUAGCCACGACUCCCGGCACCGGCUCUGAGCCCGAUUCUGCCCACCCCCCUCCCACCACAUCCCCCGGGCACAAAAGGGCCCAGAUGCCACCCAAAAUAAACGCUGCAAUAGAGCCAAGACGGUCCCAAAUUGUACCUGAUCGCUUUAGUUUUGUGCACCUGGCUAUUUUCCUCUUUCAAAUUCAAACAAAUCCGCGUUCAGGUAUUUGUUUUUAAUCGAGCUGUCAGGGCCCCGCCCCCUCCCCCUCGCCGCCCCAUCAGUCAACAGCGUGAGUAGUCAGGAGUUUCAGUACGUCAACUUUAACUAAUACUGUAAAAUGAAUUCCGUCUUUAGUUUAUUUUCCCCGGGACCUUUUGGGAUUGUACUAACACGACGCUCAGCAGAUGUGCGGCGCAGAUCGUGCUUGUUCUUUGAGUCGACGAGCUAUUUGCGGAGGUGAUGAUGUAUGGGCUUCCAAGUGCCUGGAACAUCGCACCAAGUCCACUGCACACAGACUGCUGAAGGCCGCCCCCCUUUCCCCUCCCCAUCCUGGGCCAUGUAUAAAUCCACUCCCCAUUUAGCUUAUUGCAUGCUGAUAGACGAUCAACCACUGCAUCCACUUCAUCGAUAUUUUGUACCUAGCAUCCCGGACUCUCCCCCGCGACGAGGUGUAAAUACGGAGGUCCAAUUUUCUAAAAUCACCCGGUUGCGGGUCGGCGGUUGGCGGCGGGUCGGUGGGUUUGGCUGUGGACGUGAUAUCCAGCUGCUAGUUUUCGAAAACUGGUGCUUCACAUUCCCAAACUAUUUUGCUAUUUGAAAGUCACUUUGAGCAAGGCCAGCUUUUCUGUAGCAUAGCGUUAGGAUUUGAUUUGGGUGAAGGCCCUCGAAAGCCGUCGAACGUGGAGCGGAUUGGGAUGGUGCUGGGAUCAGAUCUCAGUUACGCUGUAGGGGAAGGCAAUACUGCUUCUGUUCUAAACAGCUAGCACUUAGAGAGUUAGAGAAGCCAAUAGCUGUGACAGUCUGUCUGAUAGUGUAGUGAAAUACGAUAGCAAAAUACUACUUGACAUGCGUUUGAUGUUGUUGAAACGUGGACUGGCAUAAAAAAACAACGCUCCGAGAACCUACCGAGCAGAUCGGGAUGUUCUGUCUUGAUAUUUUUGCCCCUGGCAGGGUGAAUGAAGGGACUGGCAACCGUUUCUUUUUAUAGACCUAAAAGAGCAUCUGCUGCUGAAGCUACAUGUUGUUUUUGCAUUUAUUUGCAUCGAAAUCAAAGUCCUUUAGAAGUAAGACAAACGCACAGAUGUUGGUUACCAGUAGCCCUUUGGCUACUCGCUAUAAAAAUCCCACGUCGUCGGUUUCAGGGGAUUGAAACAGGAAAAACGUGACAGGAUCGGUUGCAUCAUGUUCAUUCUCUGUGUAGCUGGCAUGUUGUCCUGACUGCAGAGCAUGUUCCCUCCAAACGUUAAAUAGAACCCUUCUGUAAUCAACUUGAUGUUUGUAGAAGUAUAGGGCACAAAAAAAAGAAGAAAAAAAAAUGAUGUCCCAAAUUACAGGUGAAUGAUCCCUGAGGUUCAAUCAGUACACUGAAAAAAAAUAAAAUAAAUAAAUUUACGCAUCGGUAUAUCAGAAAGUUUAGUGUUUCAGUGGGUUGCAUGACACAGAAGUGGAGCCAUCUCAAUGAUUAAAGUCUCCUCAUCUUAAUUUAUGUUAUUUAUGGUCGAAUGUGCACUGGAACAGCCCUCUCAAAAAAAUAAAAAAAAAAAAAAAAAAAAA